UAAAAUAUACUUCUUAUAUAUUUUCCCCAAUUUCUUCGGUCCAUCUUCAUCGAAAUUUCGAAGGAUACAUUAUUUAUUCAACCCCGAUUGUAUAAUUUCAGUGAAUUCAUCAAUCAAUAUCGUAGAGAUAAAGCGUGAUCAAACUCAAAUUCUUCAGAAAAAUCACUGUAAUUCAGCGCCUUUACGUAAAGGGUUUUAUUAAUUUUUUUGAUAAUUAUUAUCUUUUUGCGCGAUAUCUUAUUGAUUUAAUUGCUGUUGAUGUUGAUCUACAUGUUUACAUAUCUAAAUGGGUUGGGAUGGAUUUGAUUUGUUCAUAUCGGUUAGGGUUAGGGUUUGGUUUUGUUGGGGGGAUUGGUUGAAUAGGUAGGAGGCCGAUUCGCUUACUUCAGGACUUGAUAUUGGUUUUGUUCGAAUUUGAGGUUUUAGGGUUUGAAAAAUUCACUGACUUUGGUAUGCCAGGAAAGUUCAAUUUUCAUCACUAUGCAAACUUCAUAUUAAUUUAGCAUAAAGCUUGGUAUUAAAAACUCCAAAUGGAUCAGGAUGAAGGAUCCAUCUGGGUAUCUGUUAUUUAUUUAUCUUUUAAAUUGACUUUUGAGUCUGAAAUUUUUGUUUUAUUAACAAGUUAUAUGUGAUGUUAAUGUUUACUAUAUAUAUGUAUACUGAUGUGCGGAGUGAUUUUGAACAUGGUGGGUUGUGGUUUUAGGACGAUGGUGGAUCCGUAUGAUGCCACAUUUGUUGUCAUUUACCGGGCAAUGAUUUUUAAACCUAUGCCUUCAUUUUCGCGCAUAUAUGACUGCCUGAAGUUGUUUGGAUCAAUUGGAAGCUACAUAAUUUAACCUAUUAGUCUGUGGUAAACUGGAGGUCCAAGCACUUCCUCUCUUUUUGAAUCUCUCGACACACGUGCACAUACAUAUAUGAUGGUUUUGUGUGUGCGUGUGCAUUUUCUUUCGAGUCUUUGACUGUCUAUGUGGGCUUACUUUUAACCUAGUUAAACUGGAAGAUGUUUAUAGUGGAAAGAUGCUUACCAUUAAUUUUAGCCUCUUCAUGAUGUCAAUUUUUAGGUGGAGAUAUUAUGCACAUGACUAUUAUCUGCGGUAUAACUGCAGGUUUUAGGACUCAGUCGUGACUGUGGCUCAAGAUAUAAUUAAUAAUUCUAUAUUCAAGGCUGUAUUUCUUCAAGAUUUGUAGGACAGUUCAUUACUGAAAUAUAUGUUGGAUGCUUUGGAGCAUUGCAUGAGAGCUUGGUUUCGGGUUUAAUUUUCAUGUCCUAACUCUGAUCAGUGUUGUAAAGAUUCAGAAGCUAUCAGUGCGAAUAUAUUAUUCACUUGGUCAAUUGCUGGUUUAACAUUGAAGUCUGAUUUACUAAGCCUAGGAAGUCAGGAAAGAGGGAAUUGUGGUAGUACAUCAUAAGAGCUCCACCUCCACCGAACAAAAUAGAGAGGGAGAACAUAAAGAAAGAAAAAGAAAAGAACAUUGGUUGAUACCAUCUUGUUAGUUUAGAUCAGUUGCAGCGUGCUGCUUUAACUUCUGCAGGUGAGCAGUUUGAUAUGCUUCCUUCUUACUACGAGCACCUGGUUUCUUUCAUGUGAGAAUUCUCUUGUGAACAUAUGUAGUUCAGUUUAAAAUUCUCACUUGUGAACUUAUGUGGUACAGUGUGUUAAAUUGUGCUGCUGUGUUCUGGCCAACAUUAUAUUCUUUUGUUUCAUUUACAUUGCUCUAUGUGGGGAAUAUGAUUGGUGUUUUAAUCAUUGCAAUGUUUUUAGCGACAUACUACAGUGCAGUUAGAUGGCUAGUAGUAGAAAACGAAGCCGAUCAAAUGAGGCAGAUAUCCGAGCUCUCCACAAGGAAUGGGAUCAGGCUUCAUGCCCCAUCUGCAUGGACCACCCACACAAUGCUGUUCUGCUCUUGUGCUCCUCGCACGAGAAGGGAUGUAGAACUUACAUCUGUGAUACAAGUUACAGGCAUUCAAAUUGCCUCGAUCGAUUUAAAAAGCUCAAAGCAAAUUACCGAAACAGCUCUCCUCCACCCAGUUCUUCACCUACGAGCCAACAAAAUACUUCAACAAGAACUACAACGGACCUGAUUGAAGAUCACGAAAAUAACAUUCUGAAUGAAAGUGAGAAUGUAGCAUCUGUUGAAUUGGCUGGAGGAUUAGGAGAAAAUAGCAUCCAAGAUACCAAUGGGGAAGGCAUUUUGGAAACUGGAGAUUCUGAUACUCUAUGGGAAAGGGCUGAUCUUGAAGAGACUAAUGGGGAGGAGAAUUCACCAGAAUUGAAGUUGCCUUUGAGAUGCCCCUUGUGUCGCGGAAAUGUAUUGGGCUGGAAGGUUGUAGAAGAGGCCAGAAAGUACCUUAAUCUGAAGCCUCGAAGCUGCUCUCACGAAUCGUGCUCGUUCUUUGGCAACUACAGGGAAUUGCGUCGACAUGCUAGGAGGGUUCACCCAACAGUUCGACCUGGUGACAUUGACCCAUCAAGACAACAAGCUUGGCGACGACUUGAGCACCAGAGAGACUAUGCUGAUAUUGUCAGCGCUGUUCGCUCAGUCAUGCCCGGUGCUAUUGUGCUCGGGGACUAUGCUAUUGAGAAUGGAGAUAGGGUACCAACUGAAAGGGGAAGGGGUUCAGGUGAAGUUAAUGGACCGUUGUGGACUACAUUUUUGUUGUUUCAGAUGAUCGGCUCAAUGGACCCAGGUACCGAGCCAAGGGGCAGGUCGAGGGCUUGGUCAGGACACCGGCGCUCAACAGGACCAUCUUCUAGGCGCCGAUUUCUGUGGGGUGAAAAUCUGCUGGGUCUACACGAUGAUGAUAACGACAACGAUGUAGAUGAGGAUGAGGAUGAGGAUGAUUCCUUUGUGAACAUAUUAAGUGAUACAGGUGAAGAUGGGUCUUCAGUCCCAAGAAGGCGUCGGCGUUUGACACGGUCUAGGUCUGAUGAAGAUCAGUUGUGAGAAUGUCAGCAAAUUUCUGUCAAAUCUUCCAGUUAUGUGCAAAACUGCAGUUUAACAAACAGAAUCAUUUGAACAAGUUAUGAAC